CCCUCAGUUCACAGACUCUAAAUCGAUGUUCAUCUGGAGUCUUUCACUGCAACCACAGCAUUAUCAGGAUUGACAUUGUCUUUGUUAUGUUCAGUGCAGUGGCGACUAUGCUCUCUGGCUGCCCUCAUAUGGUCCUGCAUUCAACUCUGAUCAUUCCCUCUUACACUCAAAGCACACUCAAUCUCACCAUUUCAUGUUGCAAACAGACAUCUUGCUUUUUGUGACUUUACUGAUGGCGCUGCUGAUUGUUUCCACAGUAGUCUUAACUUGUUGGUCAUGUCAUGAGAGAUAUCAAUUUUAAUCAAGCAAUGACCUAGCACCAUAAUUGUAGACUAACAUCAAAUAACAUAUUUUGUAAUAUAUAUAAGUAUAUUUUGGGCUUUUUGCCUGUAUUCAGAUAGGACAGCGAAGAAUGACAGAAAGCGAAUGGGAGAGAGAGAAAGGAUGAGAUCAGGAAAUUACUACGGGCCAGACUCAAACCCAGGUCCCUGCGUGCACUUGGACCUGAGUGCAGUACAGCCACUGCAGCCACUUGCGCCAUAGCUCUCCCCAUAGCUCUCCCAUAGCUCUCCCAUAGCUCUCCCCAUAGCUCUCCCAUAGCUCUCCCCAUCAAAUAAUGAUCUACGUAUUCGUUAUGUGAUCCUAGUGUGACUAUGACUUCUAUGACCUGAAUCAGUCAGUCUGAAUGACAAUGACUAAAGAUAUCGGGGCAUCCUGUUGUGUGUGUGUGUGUGUGUGUGGAGGUAUGGAGAGUGCCAUCGCACUGUUGUGUUAGUGUGUGCAGAUAUGGAGAGUGCCAUCACACUGUUGUGUUUGUGUGUGCAGGUAUGGAGAGUGCCAUCACACUGUUGUGUUUGUGUGUGCAGGUAUGGAGAGUGCCAUAACACUGUGGCAGUUCCUACUGCAGCUGCUGCUGGACCAGAGUCACAAGCACCUUAUCUGCUGGACCUCCAACGAUGGCGAGUUCAAACUGCUCAAAUCCGAGGAGGUAGCCAGGUUAUGGGGUCUUCGAAAGAACAAGACCAAUAUGAACUACGACAAGCUGAGCAGAGCUCUCCGCUACUAUUAUGAUAAGAAUAUCAUCAGAAAGGUGAUUGGACAGAAAUUCGUUUACAAGUUUGUGUCAUUUCCGGACAUUCUCAAGUUGGAUCCCCAAGCUGUAGAAAUGGGUCAAGAUUUCAGCACGGUAGUGGUCACCAAAGAUGAGGUCCAGGAGAUGGAGGCUCGGGUAAAGGAGGAGGUGGAGGACGACGAUGAUGAUGAGGAGUCCCAGGACCCUGCCAUAUCGGCGGCACUUCAAGUGCAGGCGUGCUACCAUGAGUACUUCCGUUCGGGCCUGUACCCCAGCUUGUCAUUCAGCUCUCUGCACAGCCAGUCGCAGCUUCUGCAGGCCAUCCAACAGAGGCGCGGGGACCCCCGCGAGGAGGCCCAGAGCGUUAUACAGUUUGUCGCCCAGGCUGCCGAGAAGAGCGACGCCCUCCACUCCUCGCGCCGUCCUUCCUCUUCCGAGUCAUCUCUCUCCUCCAGGCCCUCGAAGCGGUCACCCCGGUCGUCCUCGCCGCUCUCCGUGGCGACCGUCCCACUCCGCUCAGGCCUGAGGAGCCCCAAGGCUGAGGACUCCGAGCAGGACGUGCAGCCGCUGAACUUAUCCUCAGGAAGCAGGGAGAGUGCCCUGACCUCAGACAGGAGAAGCCACCAGGCGUCCGGCUCCGCGUCCAGGAGCAAAAAGCCCAAAGGCCUGGAGAUCGCCAACCCUUCCGUGGUGCUGACAGGAAGUGACCUCGGUUCUAUUGCCCUGAACAGCCCUGCACUGCCGUCCGGCUCCCUCACCCCAGCACUCUUCACAGCACAGACGCCAUCUGGGCUCCUGCUGAGCCCAAGCCCCCUGCUGUCAGGUCUCCAGCUCUGGAACAGCCUGAGUCCUGUGGGGCCCCUGAGCCCCGGCCAUUUGCAGGGCCACGCUCCCCUCUUCCAGUUCCCCACCUUACUAAACGGAUAUGUCACUGUCCCCAUGUCCAGUCUGGAUGGCUCUUCCUCCCCCUUGCUGCUCUCAUCCACCAAUCAUAAGUCUUGAUUUUCAGCGUCAGACACGUUCCAUGUUCCUAAACUAUUGUUACAUUACAAAGGAUCUCAGGCUUUAGUAUGAGGCCUACAAUUUCCCUGAAACCCUGCCCACAAGUCAGGACAAGCACACCUUGCCCUCACUGUCCUCAUCUGCUGACUGAAGACUUGAAGCCUGGAGCAGAAAGUGUACAGCAGUGCUGAAGUCUGAAAUGAAAUGGAGAAUUGGCCCUUGUUUAAUGAUCUUUUCUUAUUUCUCCAUCAUUAUAGAAAAAAAAACACGAUAAAGACAAUGAACUGCUUUUACUUCUUUUGUACAUAUUGUGUGUUGUUUUGUUAUGCUGUGUUGUGUCUCAUGUAAUGUGCUCUGCCUUGCAAUUAGCACACACUGUGCCUUCUGAAGUGAAAAUGACAUCUGUGCCUUAUGUUUACCAACCUAAGUACUUAAAGACGAAAUUCCAAUUCAGUGGAAUUGCUUUCAUUUUUUUUAAACAAAACAGAUAAGUUACACCCUG